UCAACUCCAGUGACUGUUUCUGGGUGAAGGAAAAGGUCGCUUCGUACGUUGGAACAAACUUUACCAGCGCAACCAACUUCCUGUCCGCCCGGAUCUAUUUAAGUGUAACCCAGCUGGCGCAACGGUCGAGAUCUUGUAAAAAGAAGAUUUAAAUAAAAUUGAAUAGUUUUCCCGUACCGGUGACAAUCGAAAGUGGACUGGGAAUCAUGAUUCACCUUAUUGCAGAGAUAAGCACCGAAAAUCAAAUAUUUUACUCGGUGCUGCUCUUUUCAUGGACCGUGUAUCUAUGGGAGGCCUACCUAGCCCAAAGACAGCGCAAGACGUACAGAGACACCACACUGGUCCCUGAAGAAUUGGGAAAGAUCAUGGACUCUGAAACAUUUGAGAAAUCUCGUCUGUACCAGCUGGAUAAGAGUACUUUUGGAUUCUGGUCUGGUCUUUAUUCUGAGACUGAGGGAACACUUAUCCUCUUGCUUGGUGGAAUUCCCUUUCUAUGGAGUGUAUCCGGGCACAUUAUUGGACGUUUUGGUCUAGGACCUGAAUAUGAAAUAACUCAGUCCUUGGUGUUCCUAUUUCUUGCAACAUUAUUCAGUGCAGUCACAGGUCUCCCGUGGAGCAUUUACAACACCUUUAUCAUUGAAGAGAAACAUGGUUUCAAUCAGCAGACUUUAGGAUUCUUUUUUAAGGAUGCUUUGAAGAAGUUUGCAGUGACUCAGUGUAUAUUGCUUCCUGUGACCUCACUCCUUUUGUACAUUAUUAAAAUUGGUGGGGAUUAUUUCUUCAUUUAUGCUUGGCUUUUCACAUUGAUUGUUUCUCUGGUUUUGGUGACUAUUUAUGCUGAUUAUAUCGCACCACUGUUUGAUAAAUUCACUCCGCUUCCUGAUGGAGAGUUGAGAGAGAGUAUUGAGGAAAUGGCCAAGAGUAUCAGCUUUCCCUUAACCAAGGUUUAUGUAGUGGAGGGAUCAAAGAGGUCAUCUCACAGCAAUGCGUAUUUUUAUGGCUUUUUUAAGAACAAGCGUAUUGUUCUGUUUGAUACGCUCCUCGAAGAUCAUUCCCCAUUAAAUAAAGGGACAGUUGAUGAGAACAUUGAAAUACAGACAGCUGCAGGAGAUGGGAGUGAAACUGAGAACACUGAAACCAAAGUAAGACCAAAGAAUAAGAGGCAGGGCUGCAGUAACCAAGAGGUUCUAGCAGUGCUUGGCCAUGAGCUUGGGCAUUGGAAAUUGGGCCAUACUGUGAAAAACAUCAUUAUUAGUCAGGUGAACUCUUUCUUCUGCUUUUUCCUGUUUGCUGUUCUCAUGGACAGAAAGGAGCUUUUCUCUGCUUUUGGUUUCUAUGAUACCCAGCCUACUCUUAUUGGGUUGAUGAUCAUCUUCCAGUUCAUUUUCUCUCCCUACAAUGAGGUGCUAUCCUUUAGCCUGACUGUAUUGAGCAGGAGAUUUGAGUUCCAGGCUGAUGCAUUUGCAAAGGAUCUGGGAAAAGCCACAGACCUGUACUCUGCACUAAUAAAACUGAACAAGGAUAACCUAGGUUUUCCAGUUGCUGACUGGCUGUAUUCUAUGUGGCAUUAUUCCCAUCCACCUCUCCUGGAGAGACUCCGUGCCUUAAAGGACAAGAAGAAGGACUGAGAGAAGGAAAAGGAACUUAUAUUCACCUUUAAGAAAUUGAAUAGUAUAUUUUGUUUCAAUUUUUUUUUUAUUUUUCAUUCCAUGAACAGUGCAGAUCUGUACUGGAUGUUUGUAUUAUGGGAACUGGAUUAGGAUCUGAGUGCAUUUAGCUUAUGCACUGACUGCCAGCAGUACAGAUCAAAGUAAUAUUUUAAGUUGUGUUAAAACUACACUGAAACUUGAAUUAGUUUUUAAUUUAGCACAUGCCUAGUUUAAUGCGGUACAAGUGAAUCUAUAUAAGCCACACCAGCACAAUACCUAAGGUUAUAAAUCUUUGAAUCUAAGUUGCAUCAUAUACGAGAUGUUGUCCCAAGUGCUCUUGGAAAUGUUUCAUGUACAUCACAUUCAAAGUAAAAGUGCAACUUUAUAAAGCUUUAUUUGCUACUGCUUUAGAUAUCUUCCAUACCAGCAAACUGUGAGAUAACAUCUCUAUUUAUAUCAGUUCUUUAUUAAAAAAUUCCUUUUUAUUAAGGGUCUCAAGUUUUCAAAUGAUAUAGAUCAAGAUUGAACUUGAAUGCUAUUUUGAGAGACCAUAUGAGUCUGGGUUGGAAGAGAUUGGGAAAAGAAUGAAUGUAAACGUGGCUGGUCACCAGAUGUUUUUUCGUCUCUCUUCUGAAAUGAAGGAGUGGUGAUAGUAAAGUGUUUUAUUUUCUCCUUUUCCAUGCUGCUUUUUGAGUGAGAGGGGGAUAUUGGGUGCACAGUGCUUCUUGGGCUCUGUGAUGGCUCAGUUGGUAGAGCAGCCUUAACUAUACAUGUGAGGAGUUGGCUUAGUAGUGCCACAAAUGGCAUUUUACUACCAAAUUAACAAAGGUUAUGCCUUGACACUUCCUUCCUGAAAGGGUCUGUGUUUGCAUGUUGGAAACCCAGUCAACAGGUUUGCUGACACUUGCUGUCUAGACAUAAUGAGCAAUGGUCGCUAGAAGGGUACUGGACAAUACUGAUGGAACUCUAUCCCACUAUAAGCCAAUGUUUUUAGAAAAGAAAUGGUGAGGAAAAGGGGUUGGGGAGAAAUUCCAGUCACUCUGAACAUGAAUUACAAUUGUAAAACCAUGUUGAUGUAACUAGGUAGAUUCAGGUUUGUGCUGUGGUUUAAUUUUCAGUUUUCAGACCAAAGCCAUUACCUGUGGGGAGGGUUUCUUUAAAGUGCUCAUGUCUAUGUCAGCAGAUGUAGGAUAUGAGUAAAUAUGCACUGUAAUAACUUUUCAUAUCGUGAUAAUAAGAAGUUUGGGGCAAAAUUUGCUCGAUCUGAUGACAGUUCUGGUAUUUUGUUUCUCCCUCCAGGGUUAUGGAUACCCCUCAUUUUAUGUCCGUUUUUAAUUUUAUUGUGUUUGGGAUACUUGAAUUCUAGAGAGCUUUGACCAGUGAAGGUUAAAGUAUAUCCGUUAUUUCCUUCAUUUACAAGUGACUGUUCAUGAAGUAAAUUGACUCUGACUGAAAUGAACCCAGUCUGUACCUUAACUGGCAUGUGAUAUUGCAUUUUUAUUUGGUACCUGUGAAGUCAUUUGUAUGAUACCUUACCUUUCUGUAUUGCCCAGAGCAUCUUUGUCCAUUUUGUUUGCAUUAAUAUAUGCUACAGAAGAGGUCAAGGGAGGGUGCUGCUAAUUGUAUUCAGUUGUUAAAUUACCAGUUCCAAAUAUAAAAUAAAUGUUCAUGGUGUGUACAGUAUCAGGGAUGGAAGAGAUUUAUACUCAUUUCACUGAAUGUGACUCUGCGCACAGUUAGUUGUCACCACCCGUACUGUCCCUGCUGGAUUGUGGACCUUCGUAGUUUACUGUCAUAAGUUGUUUCAUGAAUUGGGAUGCCACAAGUUUCAUUGACUUCUUAUUUGCUGCUGUUUAAAUCUCCGGAUCAGCUGAAGUGAGAAAAAAUUAACUUGCAGGGUUUCAUGUGCUUUUCUUUUCCUCCCACUCGCUCUUCCAUUCCAAGUGGUGCUCUCCAUCACUAAUUCCAGCCCUCCACUACCUCGCCCAAGUUCUCGGUUUUUCAUGUACUAGCUUUGAGUUGGGUGUUCUAAAUGUGUUGGGGUGAGCAACGCUGUCAAACCCAUUCCAGUUCCAACCUUGUGGGUCAAUCAGCAACAAUUGGCAACAGGAACACUCCCAAGUAGCGCAGGAUUCUGGCAUCUCUACCACGGCGCACUGGAGACCUGUGAUGCCAGGGAAAACAGCUAGUCAAAAUUCCCUGUUUGAUAUACACCUCGGUGCCCCACAGCCUGGCAUUGUUUGUCCACAGAACCAGUGGAGGUAGCCAGAUUUUUAUUUUUAAUAAAAUAUCUUCACUUGGUUGUGAUGCAAAACGUUUGAAUCUGAGGACAUUGCAGAUUUGAUGUUUCAUGUGAGAAAUCUAGAGAUGAAGUUUAUCAUCGCUGUUUGAGUUGGCCAUGGGCUCAGCCUUUGGCUUGUGGUCAGUCCAUUCAAAAGCCUGAAGGUUGGCUUCUUAACUGUGCAGAAUGGAUUAUCAGAAGUAAGUUAUUUUUGCAUAGUGAACAAGCCAUAAUGUUACUUUGACAAUAAAAAAUAAAGGAUUUAUUGCACAUCUAUAUCUCGCACACCAAUCAUCAGUGUAAUAUUCUUAAAACUUUUUAUUUAGUCCUGUGUGUAUACAAAAUGGAAAUUAAAAAUUGAUUGAAACCAUUCUGAUGAAGGGCUCCAUUCGCAAAGAUUAGCCCCUGUUUCUGUUUCAUAUACUGAUCUGUGCAUUUACACUGUUUUCAGUUUUUUUUUUACGUUUUUUGUGGGCUAUGACAUUAAACAGAUGUUGUGAAUGAAGCAUUAAAGUUUAAUUGAAAUUAAGAGAUGGAACUUUUAAGUAAGUUAAAUUAAGAAAUGAACAUGGGACAAGAAAUGGAAUAUUUAAAUUAUUGUGGGGAAUGGAUUAAAAAAAAUGUCAAUGGUCAUUCAUACUAUUGAGAUGCAGCGUGAAUAUUGGAAUCCUGCUUGAUCUUGUUCUGUUUUAUCUAUAAAGUAUUUGACAUCUGUAAGCAUAGAUUCCGUGAACAGCGUUAUGAUUAACACAGUUAAUAGGAUUAGAUAAUUGGCAUGUUUUGGAAUUGUGAAACCAAUCCUAUCUUAAACAGCUGUGAUAAAUUAAGUUCCAAUGUGGUGUCAAUUUACAAUAAAUGGAAGAAAUGACA